GUAAGCGGCUUACAAUGGGUGUCGACACUUUAUGGCAUCUCUUUCUCGCCAGGGUGAGCGUGAAUAGAGUCGUCUCGAUGGCCCUUCAUAGUUAUAAGGUAUACCGUAGCAGCGGAGGUCCACGUGAGAUUCUAUUUUGUAAUCAGUGAAGUGGCGCCUUUAUACCGGACUGGAGGCACGAUGUUCGCGCGUUUGACAGUUUGACGUUUUGUUCGGCGGGAAAAUCGUUUUACGAGUUUUCACGGGCACAAGAACUAUUUAUCGUAAAGCCUUAAUAAUUUGCUUAAUUCGUUAUUAGUUUAGUAAAGUGAUGUUCAUGCCGACCAGUUGAAGAAGACUUUAGUUAUUGCUGUUGCAAUAACUCGGAUUUUUUGUCUAGGUAGAAGUUAAGGGCGCCACAAUAGAAGAGUACGGAGUAUACACGAUGCUGCCAGCGCAGCAGCUCGCGCCGAUCAGUCCAUGGCCCCCCGACGGGAACCUCUUAGACCGAAUGGACGAUAUCGCCCAUAAAGGAGGACGACCUCUGCCGGACUCGACGCGGCAGAAGAUCGUGGAACUGGCGCACUCCGGAGCUAGACCCUGCGACAUCAGCCGCAUCCUGCAGGUCUCCAACGGCUGCGUCUCCAAAAUACUAGGCAGGUAUUACGAGACUGGUUCGAUAAGACCUCGCGCGAUAGGUGGCUCGAAGCCCCGCGUAGCCACAGCGGAGGUAGUUAGCAAGAUCGCUCAGUACAAGAGGGAGUGCCCUUCGAUUUUCGCCUGGGAGAUCCGGGACCGUCUGCUCAGUGAAGGGGUCUGCACAUCUGAUAACAUACCUAGUGUGUCUUCGAUAAACCGUGUUCUCCGUAACCUGGCUGCCCAGAAGGAGAAGACCAGCAGUCAACCUACAUCAGACUGUUCUGCUCCCGUCUACGAGCGUCUCCGUCUCCUCGGGACUCCUAGCACUCCGGCGUGGCCUCGAGCACCGUGGCCAACACAAAUAGACACUAGAACUCCGCCUUAUCAACUACACAGCUUGAGCCCCGGUCCUCAGACGAUAGGCUGCAACGGAGGCGAUAUGACAGCCAUCAAGAAAAACGAGGAGCCUCUUGAAGGUCUCGAAGGUAUACAUUCUGACGAGACCGGUUCCGGAGACAACUCGAAUGCUGGUUCGAGCGGUGCUGAUGACGACGCAGCACGACUCAGACUAAAACGGAAACUGCAGAGAAACCGCACUAGCUUCACCAACGAGCAAAUCGACAGUUUGGAGAGAGAAUUCGAAAGGACGCAUUACCCGGACGUGUUCGCAAGAGAAAGACUCGCAGCAAAAAUCGGGCUACCUGAGGCCAGAAUACAGGUGUGGUUCUCGAAUCGUCGCGCGAAGUGGAGGCGCGAGGAGAAGAUCCGGUCGCAGCGCCGCAGCCCCGAGUGCGGGUACCAGCCGCCCCCCGCGCACCCCUCGCCGCCCGCGCACGUGCAACCCGCGCACCCCGCGCACCCUGCACACCCGCACCAGCCGUACCAGCCCGCGCUCAACGUGGACGCCUACAGCCCGCUGACUCCCAUGGGCUACGGAGGAGGUAUGGUCUCAGAGUCGGCGGUGUGCGAAGGCGCCGACUCCGAUCUCUGCAAGGGAGGAUUCCUGGGGUACCCGCGCUACGAGCUCGGGUACCGGCAGCCGGCACACCCGUACGUCAACCACGGAUACCAGCACGAGCCUGCUUCUCCUCCACCAGAGCUGGGCGGUCUACUUGGUGCUGGAGUAUCAGUUCCGCUCACCGUACCCGGGCAGGACACGCAGCAGUACUGGUCGCGGCUACAGUGACCCUGGUGGAACUAGCCUCAUUUUCUGCAGAAUCUCAAUAAAAAAAAUUAACAUUCCAUCAAACUCGACGUAAAAAUCAUUUUUACUGCGUAUACCUAAUGUGACCAUACGUCCCGAUUUGGCCAGGACAGUCCCGCUUUCGGGCAUUCUGUCCCGCUGUCCCCAGUGAGGCCGACAUAGUUCCGCUUUUGCAAACAGAACAAAACGUUAAAUUUAUUUUUCAAUUCAACAUAGAGCUAUAAGUGUUUAAAUGGGCUAAUUUAACAAAAGAGGCUAUUACACAGAGCAGAGUUAACAAAGCAGACUAUUACAUAGAGUAGUAACAAUUUUGUGUUCAGUGCUUUGAUUCUUUUAUGUUAUUCUAUCUUCUACAAGAAAAUACUUGUAAAAUACUAAAUAAUUUUUAUCAUUAUAUAAUUCCGCAGAUGUCCCGCUUUGACAAAAAAAAUUCAUGGUCACGUUACGUAUACCAGAAAAACUAUAAAUUAGGUACAAACUUUCUCUCAAAACUUUUCAUCGGUGGAGGCUUCAUGAACUCAAGUCUAUUCUGUGAUCUCUCACACAAAGACUCCUUUAAGCAUAAUAAGUUUUAAUGUAUCUCUUAUAAUUGAAAUUUAAUUUUGUAUGUAUAUAUGUUAUAAAAAAAUACACCCUCUUCGUAUUAAAAUACAGUAUAUUUUUCAACAUCACUUAGUGAGACAACUAAAUAAAACAGAUUAUAGUAUAUUUCCCUUCAGUUUUCGCGAGCUUUAUACAUGAUUAAAACUAAUUUUACGGUUAAAACUCGCUUUUUUAUUGUCAUUGUAUUGAUUCUGACAUUACGAAUACUUUAAAGUUUUCGUGGUCACUAACUAAACUAAUAAAGACCAAUUAACCGUAAAAAUAGGUUUAAUUAAAAAAGUUAUUACCGUACCUUCAGAUUGUAUGUUGAUGAGAAAACUAAAACAACCUAAUCCCAACACCAGGAACUUACAGCACACCAUUACAAUACAUUCAGAUUGUAUGUUGAUGAGGAAGCUAAAACUACCUAAUCCAUCAGGAAUUUACUGCACAAUAUUAGUCUCAAAGCCAAACAUACCAAUGUGUAGAACACAAUAUAAAGUUCUUAAAAGCUCAAAUAACACUUUUUAGAUUAAUCACCCAAUUCUUUUUUUUUAAUGAAUAGAACUUAAAUGUAGUAAGAAGAUUAAAGGAAUCAACAUAUCUAUUAGUUGACAAACAAAAGAGCACAAAAUUAGGCUCAAAACAUAUUAUUAAAUAGGAUAUUUUAAUUGCAUACAUUUUUUUUCUUUCAAUACGAUACACAUAUAAUGUUGUGUCAGUGUACAUUCGAAUGAAAAUAUUUGUAAUAUUUAUAGUUACGAUUUAACAUUAUUUUGCUAUGUUAUAAUAUUAGUUGAAUUUAGAACUAAGGCACUGGUACCUUUGUUGUUUCAAGUUAAUCAGUACAAGUUAUUGAGAUUAGUUUAUGAUGUAUGCUGAUUGGAUGCUCUCAAUCAUAUUUUUUUCUUCUUAGCGGACACUUUUCAGAUUGGUGGUGGUUAAGCGGACGAUGUACACGCAGAAGCAUUUGUUAGGUCGAUCAUAUUCCCCAGGAUUCCUUCCUAGCGAUGCUCUUCCAGAUCUGGCGAUUGGAAGACUUUCGAGAUUGGACCAUGGACACUGUUGCCUUCUUUGUUAGGGCAGUCCAGCGGGUUAGUAAUCGGCCGCGUGAUCUCUUUCCUUGAAUUCGGCCCUAAACUACCAGUCUCUCCAUCGAGUCCUCUUUUCUGGAGAUGAGACCAAAUUUUGGUCCCAAUCAUAAUUUACGUUAAUCAUAUUUUAUCAAUACAAUCUCGAUUAUUCACGGGUCAAUCAAAUGUAUUCCAAUUUUUGUUUUUACUCAAACAAAAUGUGUAAUCUUGUAACGCCUAAAAUUGUAAUUUCGCGAAAUUGUGCAAAUGCUUUUUGAAAAUUUAAAGUAUUGUAUGAAAAGACAGGGCUUACUAGUACUAAGAUGUAUAUAAAACUUUACGUAUUCAUAUGUUGACGUGUAUGUUUGUCGUUCUAAUGUAACUAACUGGUAAUUGUAUAGUUUUUACGUUAUAAAAACAUCUUAGGGUUUUUACUUCAAAUUAAAUAGAUUUAAAAACAAAAGGCUUAAUUAAGAUUUAACAUAAUUCAUUGGUGACAUACGUUAAUUAAGAUUAUUUCUUAAGUCAAUGAGAUAUUCAUUUCGAAUUUAAUAUUAGUUAUAAUGUGUAAUCAUGUAAAUGUUAAAACAAAAUGUGAAUAAUUUGUGAGUUUUAAAAUAAUAAAAAUACAUUUUUGAUUGGAA